CAAACAGUAUCCGUAGUUGUCAGUUGUCAGGUCAUUAUGCCGAAGAAACUCCAAUAUUUUGAUUUGAACGGUCUUGCUGAGCCGUUAAGGUAUCUUUUGCAUUACACGAAACAGGAAUUUGAGGACUACAGACAUGAUAUUGCUACCUGGCCUGACCCGAAAAUUAAGGAAAGUCUCCCAUUCGGCCAGUUUCCUAUAUACGAAGAAGAUGGACGCGUCCUUUGCCAGACCCUAGCUAUUGCCAAGUAUGUGGCGAGAGGAACCGACCUGAUACCAAGUGACCCAUGGGAGAAUGCUCUAGCGGAUCAAGCUGUUUAUUCUAUUACUGAUUAUCAUAAAAAUGUCAUAGCAUGUAUUCAAGAACAAGACAAGGAAAAAAAAUCAGAAAUGAAAAACAAACUGAUCAAUGAAACCAUUGAAUAUUACUUCUCUAGACUCAACAAGCUAUUGAAUGAGAAUGGUGGCUACUUCAGUGGGAAGCUCUCUUGGGUCGAGUUCGUUCUCUGCGGUACAAUUGAAGCCAGUAACCUGUUCUUCAGCUUACAAAUUGAGAAAGACUUCCCAGCUAUUAAAGCCGAGAUGGAAGAGAUCACGAGUUCUCCUGGUGUUAAGGAGUAUGUUGAGGCCAGAGGACCUUAUAAUCUUGAUGGUAUUAGAAAACGGUUUGGUGAUAUUUAAAGGAAAUAAAAUGUAUUUUUUAAAUA